UACAAAUCCACACCUAUAAAUUCUAAAAUUACCAUUAUUAAGCAUCAAUUACUUCCGUCUGUUCAUGACAUUGGUCUCGUGUUUGACUGACUAUAUAAGCUGGGAAACUGCCUUACAUCAAUUUAUAUUUCAUUGAAAACCUUCAAAAGUAAAGCAAUGAAGCCAUAUAAAAUAUCCAUAAUUUUUAUUGCAACUUUCUUUGUUGCUGUAAGCGUUGCAGAUCAUGGAAAUGGUGGGGGACAUGGAGGAGGUGGACAUGGAAAUGGUGGAUCAAAUGACAGUAAUAAUGGUGGUAAUGGCUACAACAACAACAACAUGGGAAACGCUGAUCCAAAUUAUCAGCAAAGUCAGUCACAAGAUCCAUCACUCCAGCAAAUGCAGCAGCCUCCACAGAGCCCUCAAGAUCAAUCGAUGCAAGCUCCUUCAGGUAUGCAAGGACCACCGAGUCAGCCAAACAUGCAAGCACCUCAAGGACCACCACAGUCACCAACAGGAGUUCAAUCUCCUCAAAAUCAACCAAGCAGCAAUGGAUAUCCUCAAAGUCAGCAAAGCAGCAAUGGAUAUCCUCAAAAUAAUUACAAUCAAGGAUACAAUGAUUAUGGCAACAAUCAAGUACAGAAUCAGUACGGCUAUCAAAAUGAUUAUGGAUAUCAGCCAUCCAAUAGUUAUCAAAAUAAUGGCGGUUUAUUUGGAAGUCCACAACAGUACAAUAGCAAUCCAUACCAGCAGCAAAGUGGAGGUCUGUUCGGAAGUCCACAGCAAUAUAAUCAAAACAGCCAGCAGAAGAGCAAUGGAAGAUAUCCACAAAAAGGUAAAAAGUAUCCACAACAGCAACAGAAGUCAAGGAAUCAGAAUCAAUACCAACAAAGACAACAGAAUCAAAAUGCUUACAGCCAAGGAGGUGGAUUCAUGUCUGGAUUUGGCAGUAAUUCUAAUGGAUAUGCACAGCAGUAUAGCAGCAAUAAUGGACAAGGUGGAUUCAUGUCGAGUGGAUAUGGAAGUCAACAAGGUUAUGCAGGCUCUAAUGGUGGUGGAUUUAUGGGCAGUGGACAGCAAGGCUAUGGAAAUAACAAUCAAGGAAGUGGCAUGAUGAGUGGAAUGUAUCGAGGUGGUUAUAAUCAGCAGCAGAGUAAUGGAUAUGGCAAUGGAUACAGCAGUAAUAAUGGAUAUCAGAACACAAAUAAUGGAUACAACAAUUAUGGUGGUGGAACUGGAAAUGCUUAUGAUUAUUAAAGAUGGAGAUCCCCUCCUGUGAAGACCUUCUUUCUACAAAACUUUAACUUCUCAACCUUCUCAUUUACAGCAACAAUACUAAGACAAUAGGCUUUCUGGUAGAAAUCAAAAUUAAUCUCCUGAACUAUUUGGAUGUUAAAAUAUCGAAAUAAAAGUCUUUCUGUUAU